AUGUAUGUCGCAGGUUUAGAAAUUUUAAUUAUGUACGUGGACCAAACUAAGGAAAAGAAAUCUAACAGCAUGUCACUCUUGAUUCCAAAUAAAAGAGAUUGGGUAGAUGCCCAUUCUGACUUGGAUGAAGAUGUACUUUUCCAUGAAAAAUGGCAAGAGUCAAAGGUAAAUUUGAAUUCAUAUUGGAAGUUUGAACCUGUAGCCAAUUUUUUCAAACAAACUGAUGAGUCAACUGACGAUAUGGCGUUUAAUUAUGCAACUGAAGAUUUUGGGAUAAAAUCUGAUUGGGAAACACUUAAAGAAGAACUCAAGGAACUCAAUGCAUCUUCUAAAUAUGGAGAGAAAUAUAAACUUCUAUUCCUUGCAAGACAUGGGCAAGGUUGGCAUAAUGUAGCUCUGGUAAAGUACUCACCCGAGGAUUGGUUUAAUAAAUGGAGACUUUUAGGUACAGAUGGAGAACUCACUUGGGGGCCAGAUGCAAACCUUACUCCAUUAGGAGUGAAUCAGGCAAAGGAAAAUAAUCAACUCUGGAAGGAACAACUUGCUAAAGGUGCACCUUUCCCCACAAAAUUCAUUGUUUCUCCACUUCAACGUUCGAGUCAUACAUUAGUACAUACUUGGGAGGGAAUUAAUAUUCCGAACCCAAUAGUUGUGGAGAAAGUCAGGGAAACAAUUGGUGCCAAUAUUUGUCAUCAGAGAGCAACCAAGACCAUCAUAGGUCAAAGGUUCUCCACAUUUGAAUUUGAACCUGAAUUCACUGAAAAUGAUGAAAUAUUUGACAAAUUCACUCCAGGUAGAGAGAAACUUCAUCAACAAUUCCUUCGUGUCAAUGAAUUUCUUCAAGAAUUGUUUGAAAACGAUGAUAAUACAGUUAUAUCUAUUACAUCACACGCUGGAACUAUUAGAGCAUUUAUAACUGCUGUUGGUCAUAGAAAAUUUACCAUUCCAACUGGAGGAAUGAUCCCAAUUGUAAUUCGUGGUGAAAAGAUUAUCAAUAACUAG